AUGACCAGCAACGAUGGAAUACCUCGAGAAUUAUUUCAGUUAAUAGGUGGUCCACCUCCAAUAGCUUUUGUAAAGCCAGCUUUUAAGGCAAAACCAAAUUUGCGUAAAAAGGCUGUUCAUUGUUUUAAUAAUCAAGGACGAGGACAAGAUGAUCAAUUGACAUUACAACACUGGGUCAAAUGUACACCUACUUCUGAAUCUGAAGAUUCUGGUAAAGUCACCUUUAUUAACAAUGUUUAA